UAUGGCUGAAAACAAUCUUUAUCAGCUCACCCUCAAAAGGUUGCAGAGGCUUCCAAUCUUGGUUUCCUGCACUACUCAUUGUUUCCCUACUGCCUUGUGAUAUCUCUCGUCAGCAAACAACUGAAAAAACAUGGCUGCGACCUUGGUUGGAGGAGCAUUUCUCGGCGGUGCAUUUAAUGUGCUGUUCGACCGCUUGAGUUCCCCGGAGUUCAUCAAGUUCUUCCGGGGUCGAAAGCUUGACGAAAGUCUCCUCGAGAAGCUGAAGUUGACGUUACUUGAACUCAAUAAGGUGCUCAACGAUGCAGAGGAGAAGCAGAUCACUGACCGAUCUGUGAAAGCUUGGCUGGACGAGCUUAAAGAUGCUGUCUACCAUGCCGAGGACCUAGUGGAUGAGAUCCGUACCGAGGCCUUGCGGAGCCAGGUGGAAGCCGAGUACCCAAGAGGCAAACAAAGUUUACUGGAUUCUCUGAUCUCGACUUUCACUGGGUUAUUUGACCGUGGUCGUAUGAACUCCAAAUUAGAGAAAAUGAUUGGCAUGUUAGACCAUUUCGUGAAAGCUAAAGACGUACUUGGUUUGAGAGAAGUUGCUGGACGGAACUGGUCCCAAACCAGGGUGCCAACAACUUCUUUGGUGGAUGAAUCCUGUGUUUAUGGACGGGAGAAUGACAAGGAACUGGGAAGCGAUAAUGAAAUUGUUGCGCUCUGAUGGAGAAAGUAGUAGCAAGAUUGAUGUGAUUCCAAUUGUUGGGAUGGGUGGGAUGGGCAAGACCACCCUUGCUCAGCUUUUGUACAACGAUGGCAGAUUGGAUGGGCACUUUGUUAAGAAAGCAUGGGUAUGUGUCUCUGACGUAUUUGAUGUUGAAAGUGUCACAAGAUCAAUUGUCGAGUCAGUCGAUGGGCCGAGUUUGGACGCAAGGGACCUAAACUCGCUUCAGGUCAAGCUGAAGGAAUCAUUGAGUGGGAAAAAGUUUCUUAUUGUCUUAGAUGAUGUUUGGAACGAGAACUAUGACAAUUGGAACGCCUUGAUGACUCCUUUCAGAUUUGGAGCACAUGGGAGUAAGAUUAUCGUUACAACGCGCAAUGAGAGUGUUGCCUCUAUCAUGCAAACAGUUCCUAUUCAUAGUUUGCAAAAUUUACCAGAGGAAGAUUGUUGGAAAUUGUUUUCCAAACAUGCAUUUGAGAAGGGAGAUUGCAAUGCUCAUCCUAACCUUGAAAGGAUUGGUAAGGAUAUAGUGAGAAAAUGUAACGGUUUGCCUUUAGCUGGUGGUCUUUUGCGCUCGCAAAGAGAUCCUGAGGAUUGGGAGAACAUACUGGAAAGUGCCAUAUGGGAGUUAUCAGAGGAGAAGAGCAAUAUCCUUCCAGCAUUAAGAUUGAGCUAUCAUUAUCUCCCCUCACAUUUAAAAAGAUGUUUUGCUUGCUGUUCCAUAAUUUUUAAGGACUAUGAAUUCAACAUUGUGGAAUUAGUCUCAAUUUGGAUAGCAGAAGGUUUUUUGGAGAAGCCCAAGAAUAAUAAGACAGUGGAAGAGGAAGGUUAUGAGUGCUUCCGCGAAUUGCUUUCAAGGUCGUUUUUUCAAAGAUCAAAUGGUAAUGCUUCUUCGUAUAUCAUGCAUGAUCUUGUUCAUGAUUUGGCUCAAUAUGUGAUGGGAGAUUUCUUUGAUAGGCUAGAGGAUGGCAACCCGCACCGUAUUGCUGAAAAGGUGCGUUAUUUCUCAUUUGCUCAAAGUAGAUUUGAUAGCUUUGAGAAGUUCAAGGAAAUAAAGGAGGCUAAGUGUUUAAGAACUUUCCUACCAUUAAUUUCAUUAAAGCAUAAACAUCAUGCCCGCCGGUGUUUGAGCGAAAAGGUUGUGGAUGAGAUUUUGCCGGGAUUGACACGCUUACGGCUAUUGUCGCUGUCAGAAUAUGGGAUUAAAGAAUUGCCUUAUUCAAUUGGCAAUUUGAUACAUCUACGCUUUUUGAACCUUUCUCGCACCAAAAUCAGAGAGUUGCCGGAAUCAGUUUGUAAGUUGUAUAAUUUAGAAAUAUUGUUGUUAUUUAAAUGUGAUCUUCUUACAACAUUACCGGCAGAUCUUGUAAAACUGAUUUCAUUGCGUCGUCUUGAUUUAAGGGGAACAAACUUAAAAGAGAUGCCAAUGAAUAUAAGUAAGUUGAAAGAUCUCCAACAAUUAACUGAUUUUAUAGUAGGAAAGUGCACAAGUAUUAAUGAGUUAGGAGAGUUUCAUUGCCUUCGAGGAGCAAUCUCCAUCUCAGGAUUGCAAAAUGUAAAGAGCGGCCAUGAGGCAUUGGAAGCAAAGAUGAGUGAGAAAAAGCAUCUUGAAAAGCUAGCAUUGGAAUGGGAUAGCACUACAGAGGAUUCACAGAAUGCAAGAGAUAUACUUGGAAAGCUAGAGCCUCAUACAAACUUGAAGCACCUUGAGAUUAAAAACUACGGAGGCACAAGAUUUCCUACUUGGUUAGGAGAUCAAUCGUUUUGCAAUAUGGUGUCGUUACGUUUGGAGAAUUGCGAGAAUUGCUUUUUCUUGCCCCCACUUGGUAAAAUGCCCUCUUUGAAAGAGCUUAGCAUUGAAAGGAUGCCGGGAAUUACGAGUGUGGGUCAUGAAUUUUAUGGAAAGAGUGGUUUUUUAAGAAAAUCGUUUGAAUCUCUCGAGACUCUACGUUUUGAGAAAAUGUCAGGGUGGGUGGAUUGGUGUAUAUUAGAUGUUGGAGAGUUCUCUCGGCUUCAAAAGCUUGAGGUCAUCGAGUGUCCCAUGCUGGUCCGACACUUACCGACAAAUUUGUCUUCUCUGGUGUAGACAUAAGCAUAAAGGACUGCCAAAAGCUUAUGUCUUCACUUCCAAAUACUACUUCUUUACGCGAGCUAUCGUUGAUCGAAUGCCAAGGGAUGCAGUUGGAGUGGCAAGGGGUGCCUUCGGUUGAAAAGUUAUACAUUUCAAGCUUCCCAAGUUUGAAGAAAUUUGGAAGCGAGCUGGUAACACUAAAAAAUCUGAAGGAGCUGACUGUUGACAAAUGUCCAAGUCUAUCUGAGGAGAUGAGCCAUUGCUACAUGUCCCUUGAAAUAUUGGAGGUGACGGAAUGCGAGAGCCUCAAAUCCCUCCCACUAGGUUUAUUCCCGCAACUUCAGUCUCUGAAAAUUAUGAAUUGUGUAAAUUUUGAGACCCUGUUGAUUCCAGACGGGAUUGAGCUCAAUCUGACAUCACUUUACAUUGUUUGUUGCAAUAAUAUUAUAUUCUUCUUUAA